AAUCAUAACUUUAAACACAAACAGUGUGUUUUGGUUGGGCCGGUAAAUAUGACAAUUUGACCCAAAGCGGUUUUCUCUUUGCUCACCUCCAGAGAGAGAGAGAGAGAGAGCGUGGAGUCCCAAACCCCAAACCCUAGACCCCUCGCGCCUUCCGUAAUUGUGCUCUCUGUAUCUCACUGGAAACGGAUCAAAGCGAGGGCGGAAAUGGCGGCGAGCGCGCAGACAGUGUUGCAGUUCUUCCCAUCACCGACGAGCUUUUCCGCCAAAGUUCAUCCAUUGGUGAUUUUCAGCAUCUGCGACUGCUACGUCAGACGCCCUGACCAAGCCGAGAGAGUCAUUGGUACUCUCCUCGGUUCGAUUUUGCCUGAUGGCACUGUCGAGAUUCGAAACUCUUACGCCGUUCCCCACAACGAAUUUUCCGAUCAGGUUGCUUUGGAUAUUGAUUACCAUCACAAUAUGUUAUUAUCCCACCAGAAGGUGAACCAGAAGGAAGUCAUUGUGGGAUGGUAUUCAACUGGCUUUGGAGUGACAGGCGGUAGUGCACUGAUCCAUGAAUUCUAUUCCAGAGAAGUUCCAAACCCAGUUCAUUUGACUGUUGAUACCGGAUUCACGAAUGGAGAAGCUUCCAUAAAAGCUUUUGUGUCUGUCGGUUUGUCCCUUGGAGAUAGACAACUUGCUGCCCAAUUUCAGGAAAUCCCUCUGGAUUUACGCAUGAUUGAAGCUGAGAGAGUUGGGUUUGACAUCCUGAAGUCAUCAACGGUAGAAAAGCUCCCAAGUGAUUUGGAAGGAAUGGAAACCUCAAUGGAACGGCUACUAGCUCUGAUUGAUGAUGUCCACAAAUAUGUUGACAAUGUAGUGGAAGGACGUGUCGCGCCAGAUAAUAGCAUUGGGAGAUUUAUAUCAGAGACUGUAGCCUCUGUACCAAAACUCUCACCACAUGCUUGUGAUAAGCUUGUGAAUGACAGUCUCCAGGACCAACUACUCUUGCUUUAUUUGUCAAGCAUAACAAGGACACAACUAAGCUUGGCAGAAAAGCUGAACACAGCUGCCCAGAUCCUGUAAUUUGUAGCCAUACGGAAUUGGUAUUUGUGAGCCAAGAAGACAAAGCUAUCUUUUGGAAAGUGGUGCUGGAGAUGUAUGGCUAACUUCAAACAGCAAUGUAUGCAUUCAUUUUAGAAAAGGUUGUAUGAUUUUUUUUUGGGUCGUGAUUUUUGAGUCGUAGUUUUCCCUUAAUUAUAUUGCGGAAAUCACAUUCAAGUGUUUAAAUCGCUCUGUGAAAACAAGUGAUCUUUGAAUCAUAAUAUCAUUUCCCUUUCAAUGUUUUUUUU